CCUCGUCCCCGUCCUCCGCCGCCACACCUCGCCUCUCCUCGUCCCCGUCCUCCACCACCACGCCUCCCCUCGUCCCCUUCCUCCGCCACCACAUCCCUGCCUCCAACCGAAGACGGCGGCCCGAGAUCCAUGGCGACGGCGGUUGCAGCGGCCCCAUGGAAGCGGCGGCCAACCCAGGUCGCUUGCGGCGCUCCGGCCAUGGAUCUGACUAGGGGCCUCCCUCCUUCGUCUCCCAAGCCGCGCAACUGCCUCGAGCAACUGUCAGACGAGGAGAGGACGACAACCGUGACCUGCAGGAGGCCUGAGCUCGACCACGUCGACGACGAGUACGCCUCGCACAAGAUCAACAGAAGCUCUCUGCCUCUCCGGUUCCAUGGACGGACGACUGGGACCCCACGCUCGAGCCCGACGAGCUGGACGAGUUUGACAGUGAGGUCGCCCGCCCCCGCCCACCAUGAUUCCCCACAGAACAAGGAACCAGCUUCGAAUAGCUCUUGUAUUCAUCUGGAAUGAUAUUUCAGGCACCGGUCUUGUGUAAGUUUCUUGAUAUCUAUUACAGAUCCAAAAUAUGUAAAGUUUAUCUAUUGCUUGUCCAUGUGGUUCCACUUCAGACUAUUCAGAAGCAUUUUAUGAGCAGAGUGCUAUUUAGUGUUUAGUAUUCGAAACUUCAAUUGUUGCAUUGGUUUUUCCUCAUGUACUUUUGAUCUUUUAUUGCCAACUUAAAUAAAAGAAAGUGUAGCAGUUUAUGCUUGUAAUUUUUUUGCCAGGAAGUUAUUACUAGAUCUACUAUCCCAAUGAUUUUUUCUUUCCUGAAUCUACAAUAAAGGACUACAUCUGGACAAGUUGUAAAAAGAAAACUUUUUCCGCACUUUACUCUCUUUUACAUAUAAGAAACUGGUCUAGGUUUAGAUAUCUGUAGUGCCUGAAGCUUAGUCAUCUUAAAAUAGUUCACCCAUAGUUUGUAUCUACACUUGUGCCUAUCAUCCAUAUUUGCCAAGCUGAUAAUUCUUUUCACUUAUCCAGAUUUGUCCACAUGCUUGUUAACUUGUUUUUUAUGCCU